AUGAUAACUAAAUCUAUAUUGGUCACUGCCUUGCUCGCUCUACAAACAGAUGCAAUCUAAAUCAGUCAAGCAAUCUAAAAACAGAGGAGUUAGCUUGAAUGGAGAUAAGAAGCUACUAAUAAGUUCAGCUGGAAUGCAACAUAAGAGUUGAAAUGGUCUGUGGUUAACGCAUUCACUGAUGUUUAAACAUCUCCAGAUGGAGAUGUCUAUGCAAUCCAAAAAAUAUCUUCCGAGAUUUCGGCAACUAGAUAUCAACUCUACUUAUAUAAUAUCUCAUCAAGUAUUUGGAGUUUAGUUAAUACCAGCUUUGAUGUGAAGGCUGUCAGAUUCGAUAGACUAGGAAACAUGUAUUAUCUUGAUUCAGAUAACUGUGUCAGAAACUAGCUUCAGGAAAAGUUGAUCUGCGGCUUAUCAGAUUUUGAAGUAACAGUUCAAAAGGAGAUUAUCGGACUGAAUGAUGGUUAAGGAGUAUUAUCUAGCGAUACAGUUUCCAGUUCUUACAAAUCAGCUUUCGUGUCACCUUAUAAGUACAAGGCUCUUACAGGAUACAAAGGAAUUACUCUCCUUAAAGAUGAGCCAAUUCUAAUAUAAAAUGAUGGUUCUGUUGAUGCAAGAUAUGGAGGUGAAAAAGUUGUCAGUAUAAGUGCAGGUAUCGAUGGUUCACUUUGGGCUUUAUAAUAAGAAGCAAAUGUUACUGACUUUACUCUCUUAAAGUGGCAAACUGUUUCUUAAAAAUGGUAUAAAGUUGAAGGAGCUAAAGGCGCAAGUAUAUCUGCUUAUAAUGAAAUCUCAGUGGCAUUAGUCAACUCUAUCGGAUUAUUAAGUCUUUCAUCAUAGGUUGGACACUAGAAUGAAGCUGAAUAUGUAGUAUCUGAACCAAAUCAGAAUAAUCCUACAACAACAGAGCCCUAAAUCAUAAUCAACUCUCAGCAAUUCUAAUCACUUCUUGCCAAUUCUCAAGAUUUUAAGUGGAUAACAUCAUUGAUUCAAGGUAAAAAUUUUACUAAAAUGACUCAAAUUUUUGGAGCAAAUGCUGAUCAAAUGACAAUGUAAGAGGGAAUUGAUACUUUUUCAAAUAAGAAUGAUAUAAUUGUGCUCUAUAAGACAAACUAUAAUGCUAUUACUGGAUUCUACGUAAAUGGAACAACUCCGAGUAGAGACAAUACAGGAGAUAGAAGAGUUGAUUCUGUUGUUUUUAGUUUAUCACAAAAAGAAUCAUUCCCAUUUGAUCAAACUAGAUUUAGUAAUAUGAACUAUAACUAUUGGUGGAGAAACUACUUUACUCUUGAUGGUAAAUUUAUUUAACUAAGAUUUGUCGCAAGAUGUGGCAAAGAUUAGGAUGGUAACAAUACAGAUGAGAUGUAUGUUUAUGAAAGAGAUUAAAUCAGUGAUGGGUUAGUAACUUUGAUUAGUCCAGUACUCUUGACUGGCAACACUAAUAAUCCAAAUUCAGUCAAUGUUUCUUGCCAAAGAAUUGAAUAUUACCUAGCUAAAUGA